UGCGGUCUCUGAAGACACUCACUUGGGCAGCAGUGUGUACAGCAGGCUCCCUGAGCUCCCGGAGCCCCACUUGCUCUACGCGCAGCCGAGCAGUUUGCGUCUAGUCUAUUGCUCGGCUCGACGGCGACAUGGGUGUCCCCACGGUUCCAGAGGCCAGCGGCCCGCGGUGGGGGACCCUGCUCCUCGCUCUUUUUCUGGCUGCAUCCAGAGGUUUGGUGGCAGCCUUCAAGGUUGCCACACCGUAUUCUAUGUACGUGUGUCCUGAAGGGCAGAAUGUCACGCUGACCUGCAGGAUCCUGGGCCCUAUGUUCAAAGGGCACAAUGUGACCUUCUACAAAACAUGGUACCUUAGCACACGAGGUGAGGUUCAAGUGUGCAAAGAACGUCGGCCCAUCCGCAACUUCACAUUCCAGCACUUUCAUCCACACCAUGGAAGCCAUGAGACAGCCAAAACCAGCCACGAUCAAGCCCAGGCACAUGGGUUGGAGUUAGUUUUUGACCACCAUGGUAACUUCUCAAUCACUAUGCACAAUGUGACCCUUCAGGACAGCGGCCUCUACUGUUGUCAGGUGGUAGAGAUCAAGCACCACCACCCAGAACAAUGGUUCUAUGGGUACAUGGAGCUGCAGGUACAGACAGGCAAAGACUCACUAUCUACGUGCAUUGCGUACCCAUCCAAUGAACAGGACAGUGACAGCAUCACAGCUGCGGCCCUGGCCACAGGUGCCUGCAUCGUAGGAAUCCUCUGCCUCCCACUUAUCCUGUUGCUGGUCUAUAAGCAGAGACAGGUUGCCUCUCAUCGCCGUGCCCAGGAAUUGGUGAGGAUGGACAGCAACACCCAGGGUAUCGAAAACCCAGGCUUUGAGACCACUCCACCAUUCCAGGGGAUGCCUGAGGCAAAGACCAGGCCCCCACUGUCCUAUGUGGCUCAGCGACAACCUUCGGAGUCAGGACGUCAUCUGCUCUCUGACCCUAGCACGCCUCUGUCUCCUCCAGGCCCCGGGGAUGUCUUCUUCCCAUCCCUAGAUCCAGUUCCUGACUCCCCUAACUCUGAAGUCAUCUAAACCAGCUGGGGAACAUGGACAAUGGUGUAUUUGAUCUAUGGCUGGCCCUUUAAACAGACCUUUAGGCAUUGACCCCAGCCUCCUUCCUCCUGCUCUGAGCCUGGACUCUGCUUUACAAGAUAUGUGGACCUUCCCCCUACCAUUUCUGGAUGCUACAUGGGGUGGGGCGGGGUGGGGCGGGGAGGAGAUGCUGGAUUGCUCAUUGCUGUUCUCAAGAUCUCGGGAUGCUGAGUUCUCUCUGGAGACUUGAGUCCACAUCACCAGCCACAGAUGCCAAAUGACCUAAGAAAUCGCCAAUGUCCAGCUUGGCAGCAGCCUUUCUUCAUGGGAACCAGCAGCCCAGAUGGGAUAAGUUUGCCACCUUGCCUCCCUCCUAGGCAAGAGACACAAGAUAUGAGAGACUCCUGCUCACUGUGAGUGUGUGGCUGGCCUGCUGUUUUGUCUGAGGACGCACUGUUGGCCUGACUCUGUCACCCCAACUCCUGAGCCUGGCUUGCCUGUGCCCCACUAGGGGAGCUUCAUCAGUAGCCUUCCGCCAGUAAUCUGAGGGUCUGUCAACAGUUUAAGUGACUCUGGGCUCACAUUGCCUGUAUGGUGGUCCCAGAGUUCAGUGGCCAGAGGCUCUGAAACAGGACCUGUUAUGUCAGGAGCCACUGUGAGCUCAUUAGUGUCUUGAGCAACGUGAGGCCUGACCGUCAUACUUGGAGGGUGGUAAGGGCAUGAUGGGAAAGGUGAGUGGAGACUGGCCUUCUUGUCCUCAUCAUCUACCACUUCACUGUUCAGUGUGGGGCAAUGAUAAAGGUGACCUUCAUGAUGUCUUAUCUAUACUGGGCCACUUCUAAGUGGGAAAGGGAUGCUAUUAAAAACAGUAUGUGGCAACAGCUGUAAACAGCAA